AUGCGUGAUGUCUCCAGUGACGCCUUUGCAUCACUUAAUCAGGGCGACGUCGCGGAACGGCUUCGAAUGGUGGAAAAGGAAAUGGACGGACUCAAGAUUCAACUGCGCGUCCACAAGAAAAUGGAAGAACAAUAUCUUGCUGAAAAUUCGACCCUGGUGGCCGAGAAAUUGGCGAUUCAAGCCGUGCGACUGGCGGAGACACAGGCCUUUCAGACACGGCUCGAGACUCAGGCUUCCCAUCACGACCUUUCCUACCAGAAUCUCCAGGGGAGAAAUUUAGAGCAAAGUCUCCAAUGGCUAGCUUCACGGGUCGACAGCGAUGCCGGCAUGGAUGUACCGCUUCCUGGCACGCCUUACUCGGCGGACAUCCGUAAGAUCGAAGAGUCGCGGCAUGCCGUGGAUGGGCACAGCGCAAUAAUCGUUGAUGAACCCGACCGUACGAAGACAGAGACGGAGACCGCGGAGCUCAAGGCCAAGAUAGAGUCCGUGACUCAGCAGUACACGGAAGUGAAAGCUACGCUGGACUCGAUCACUCUGCAAACUCCGAGUACUUACUACAUGCAGCGGCUUGCUCAGGAGGGGAAGCUAUUGGAGGAACACAAACAAGCGACAUUGAACCAAGCUCAGCAGGAGCAGAAUUUGCAGGCGGACGAACGGAGAGAGAACAUAAGCCGUCGGGAGCAGGUGCGCACGCAGUGCAUUUACAUAGCCAUCGUUGACUUCGGCUUAACCCAGUCCCUAACACUUGCGGCAAGCACCUUAGAUAUGCAAGAGGAGAACAUUCGACAGCGAGAGGAAGUCCUUGACGAGAAGGAGGUGGUGAGUCAGAUCUGCUGUUUUGUGGACAUAGGUGACGAAAUCUUGUGGAAGGACAUCCAGCAGCGGGAGGAGGCUGUCGCUGAAGCGGCGGAGACGCUUCCAGGACACGAAGCAGUUGUCAGUGCUAUGGAGGCGGCCAUUGAGCGGCGCAAAACGGAUGCAAAGCAGGCGGAGGCGGCGCUCACUCAGCGCGAGACGGUGAGCCGCGUCACCCAGGUCUCUGUUCCGUCUGACCGUGUCCUUUCGCAGACCAUCAGGCAGCGCAGGACGGACGCGGAAGAGGCGGAGGCGGCCCUCACUCAGCGCGAGACGACGGUCGGGCAGCGCAGGACGACUGCGGAAGAGUCGGAGGCGGUGAGCGGUAUGCGCAAACGCUGGGUCCGAGCUAACCGCAUGCUUAAUGCACAGGCGCUCACUCAGCGCGAGACGAUCAUCGGGCAGCGUAGGACGGACGCGGAAGAGUCGGAGGCGGCCCUCGCCCAGCGCGAGACGGUGAGCCGCGCCACCCAGGUCUCUGUUCCGUCUGACCGUGUCCUUUCGCAGACGAUCGGGCAGCGUAGGACGGACGCGGAAGAGGCGGAGGCGGCCCUCGCCCAGCGCGAGACGGUGAGCCGCGCCACCCAGGUCUCUGUUCCGUCUGACCGUGUCCUUUCGCAGACGAUCGGGCAGCGUAGGACGGACGCGGAAGAGGCGGAGGCGGCCCUCACUCAGCGCGAGACGGUGAACCGCGCCACCCAGGUCUCUGGUCAGUCUGAACGUUUCCUUUCGCAGAUCAUCGGGCAGCGUAGGACGGACGCGGAACAGUCGGAGGCGUCUUUCAACAACAGGGAGGCGGCUAUCCAGCAUCGCGAGUCCGAACUUGCUGAAGAACGCCGUGUGAGUAUCUUCUCUGCCCCCCGGCCUGUCAAUCUCACCACUUCCAGACCAUUGACGCGAGCACUGAAGAACUCCGGCAAAGAGAAACAGUAUGCCCUUGAAAUUGGACAACUUGCGCUCGCUGAAGAUAUGGAGGUUCGACCAUUAAGCGUGAUUUACCUAACUUUCCUCAAUGCAUUCCGCAGCAAUGGGAACACAACCGAUCAGAGGGUAACAGGGAGCAGCAAGAAGCUUGGACGACCGAAUUUCAAUCCCGACAAGAGUCUCUGGAUCGUUGGGAGCAGCGCCUGUAUGAACGUGAACGGACACUGGGAAAUGCGCGCACGCCGGACCAAGCGGGGAGCCUUCCGCGCUCCAUGA